UUCUCUCCCUCUCCUUCCCAGGGAAGAAAUCCAGACCCAACAGAGGAGAGAUCUCUCAAUUACGAGGAGAAAGGCAAAGGAAGUUCAUGCUUAUCAAGCAACCGGUUGUCUCACCCCAGCUCUGGAAGGAGCACCUUCUGCUCCAUCAUUGCUCAGCUAACAGAGGAGACCCAGCCGCUAUUCGAGACCACGCUCAAGUCCCGGGCUGUGUCCGAGGACAGUGAUGCCAAGUUCACCUGCAUCGUCACAGGAUACCCAGAGCCAGAGGUGACCUGGUACAAGGAUGACCUAGAGCUGGACCGCUACUGUGGUUUGCCGAAGUAUGAGAUCACUCACCAGGGCAACCGUCACACACUACAUCUCUACAGGUGUCAAGAGGAAGAUGCGGCCAUCUACCAGGCCUCUGCCCGGAACACCAAGGGCAUCGUGUCCUGCUCAGGGGUCUUGGAGGUUGGCACUAUGACUGAGUACAAGAUCCACCAGCGCUGGUUCACCAAACUGAAGUGCAAGGCUGCGGCAAAGAUGCGAGAGAUCGAGCAGAACUGGAAGCCCGGGAAGGAGGUGGUGGGGGACGCCGACACUCUGCGCAAGCUCAGCCCCGACCGCUUCCAGCGGAAACGGCGGCUGAGCGGGGAUGAGGCGUCAGUGCCCUCGGCCCCCACCAGGGAGGCUGAGGACGGGACCCCAGCGGCUUGGCAGAAGGAAGAGGCUGAGCCUGGUCAGCACCCAGCUUUGGGCCUCAUCAACAGUUUUGCUCCCGGAGAGGUGACCACCAACGGGGAGGCUGCCCCCGAGAACGGGGAGGAUGGGGAGCACGGCCUGUUGACGUACAUCUGUGAGGCCAUGGAGCUGGGGCCUCAGCGAGCCCCCCAAAAGGAGUCUGGGGCCAAGAAGAAAAAGAAAGAUGAGGAACCUAAGCAAGGUCUACGGAAGCCAGAGUUAGAGAAGGCAGCUCAAAGCCAACAAUCUUCCGAAAGCCGUGCCCCUAGUUCCGACAAGCCUGGGACACAGGGGCCCACGGACAUGGAGCAGGUCCAGACCCGGCCCAGAGGCAGGGCUGCUUGGGGGCCUGGGGCCCCUGGAGUGGAUAGCCUCAGGAAGUCAGCUCGAGCUGCGGGCACUCGAGAGCAGGCCCAGAAUGCCCCGGCGCCAGGCCCCGUCCCAGGCCCCGUCCCAGGCCCCGACCAGCAAGUGUACUUCUCCCUGGAAAGCACCCGGGUGGGCAGGCCGAACGGGGAGGAGGGGCCCCAGACCCCAAGUGGCAGGGCACCUGGAGAAAUGCCCUUGGGGAAGGUACCCAGUGAGGCUGGAAGUGAAAGGGGGCCUGUUGCCCCUGGCCAGCCCACGUCCUCAGCCCCCCAGACAACUAGGCCUUUCAACAGGAAGAGAUUUGCCCCUCCAAAGCCCAAAGGGGAGCCCACCGCCGACAGCAAGCCCGAUUCUUCCCCGAGCCAAGCUCCAGAGCCAGGGGCCCAGAGCUCAGGGAAGGCCCCACCUCAGGCCUCUGCCCAAGUGCCCACACCCCCUGCCCGGCGGAGACACGGCGCCCGGGACAGCCCCCUGCAGGGGCGAGCAGGCCACAGGACUUCGGGAGAGGUCCCGGAAUCCCAGGCAAACCUGGCUCCUACUGUGUUGGCCAGCAACAGCGCCGAUGCGGUCUCUGCUGGUCGCAGCAACUCCAGAAGCCAGGGCAUCAUCGAGCCCAUGGAUACAGACACCCAGGAAGAUCAGAGGACAUCUGCUGACCAGAAACCUGGAGGCAGGAAGAAUAUGGAGGCAGAUGGGAAGAUGCAAGUGGAUGGGAGGACCCAGGGAGACAGGACACAAACAACCCAGAGGACACAGGCAGAUAGGAAGACUCAGGUGGACAUUGUGCCACAGGAAAGUGAGAGGCCAGCGUCAGCCAGGAGUUCCCAGGAGGAUGCGGCGGCACAGGGAAGGGCAGGGACACAGGUGGAAAGGACACAGACAGGCAAGAGGACGCAGGAAGACAGAAGGAUCCAGGAAGAAAAAGGGACACGGUCAGAGGGGAGCAUACCCACAGCCAUAAAAGGUCAGUCAGAGAAGGGCUCCAUGACCAGCCUCAGCCCACAGUCCAGAGCCCCCAAACGCCCCCCUUCAGAGGGUCCUCAGUCUCCUCAGAUUAUUGAGUGUUUUGAGCAGACCCCUGAAGGGCCCUCUGUCCCAGAAGAACCUGGUUUCAUGCUCAGAUCUGAGGGGGCGGCAGUCACAGCCCCGGGGAGCUACGAGGCAGCUCUGCUGGGUGCCCCGGCAGGCAGCCGCACGCUCCCAGUGCAGCGACCUCCCCAGGGUGGUCCGGAGCAGCGGGGAGGGCCCAAGUGGUCGGGUCCGGUCAAGGACAAGCCAGAGGAUGGCCUGAUCCCACGCCCCAAGGAGGAGCAGCUGAGAGACGUGCCGUCCAUGGAUCUAGGUGGCUGUCCUCCAGCUGGCUGGAACCCAGAGGUGCCUACUGUGCCCUCUCCUCCCGGGCCGGGCCUGACCAAGAGCUCACGGGAGGCACUGCCCAGCACUCCGGCCUCUCAGCACACGAGUGCUGCCGCCUUCCCGUCCUCUGGGGACCAGGCCUUGCUGAGGUCGGCCCCCCCACUGCACCUGGGGCCAGGGACCCCCACCCAGAGUCACCCACCAGCAGCCAUGUCAGCCGACAGCGAGGGGGCCUGCGCCCUAGGGCUGGACGUGGAGGGGAGGCCCCCAGGCCCCCGGAGCUGCGACCCUGGCCUCAUAGACUCCCUGAAGAACUACCUGCUUCUGCUGCUGAAGCUCUCCAGCACAGAGACGGGGGGCGGGGGUGCGGAGUCCCAGCAGGGAGCCGCCACUGGGGCUCCGGUGUCCUCAGCCACUCUGGUCCCCAAUGUGGAAGUGGCCGGUCUGAGUCCCCGGACGUCCAGGCGCAUCCUGGAGCGCGUGGAGAACAACCACCUAGUGCAGAGCGCGCAGAGCCUGCUGCUGAGCCCCUGCACCUCCCGCCGCCUCACCGGCCUCCUGGAUCGUGAGGUGCAGGCUGGCUGCCAGGCCCUGACUGUAGCCCGGGGCCCCGGCCCCAGCACGCUCACUGUCCCUGCCAUCGUGGUAGGCGAGGAGGAGGGCCCUGGGCUCCCAUCAGAAGGAUCCAGUGAGGGCGAGGGCGAGGGCGAGGGCGAGGGCGAGGUUUCCCCUGAGGGGCCUGGGCGCUCGGGGGCCUCCCAGGAGAGCAGCGUGCAAGGGUCUCUGGGGGAGGCGGGUGGGCAGACGGCCUCUGGUCAGGGACCACUCUCAGCAGACAGAAGGGCCCAGGAACCCCUCCGAGAGGAGGAGGCCUCGACAGGCCUCCCUGCAGCUACACCUGAGGAGCUAGCUCUGGGGGCCCGGAGGAAGAGAUUUCUCCCCAAGGUCAGAGCAGGAGGAGACGGGGAGGCAGCCAAGGCUGAAGAAAAGGAGAGCCCCACAGUUUCCCCUCGGGGGCUCAGGAAGGGCCUUGCACCCGGGUCCCCGGGGACCCCGGGGCGGGAGAAACGCUCCCCGACCCAGGGUAGAAAGGCAGGCAUGCUGGAGGUGCCGCGGGCAGAGGACGAGCCGGCAGCAGGAGACCUGGGCUCCGGCCCCAAGGCCAGCAGCGUGGACGCAGAGCAGGCCCUGGAUGAAGGCAAGCAGGACACUUGGGCCAAAUCCAAGAAAGCCAAAGACCUGCUAAAAGCCCCACAGGUGAUCCGGAAGAUUCGGGUGGAGCAGUUUCCUGACGCCUCGGGGAGCCUGAAGCUCUGGUGCCAGUUUUUCAACAUUCUUAGUGACUCAGUCUUGACGUGGGCCAAGGAUCGGCGCCCAGUGGGCGAGGUGGGCAGGAGUGCCGGGGAUGAGGGGCCGGCAGCCUUGGCCAUCGUGCAGGCGUCCCCCGUCGACUGCGGCGUGUAUCGAUGCACCAUCCGCAACGAGCACGGCUCGGCCGCUACCGACUUCUGCCUCAGCCCCGAGGUGUUGUCAGGAUUCAUCUCCAGAGAAGAGGGUGAAGUUGGAGAGGAGAUUGAGAUGACCCCCAUGGUGUUUGCUAAGGGUCUGGCUGACUCUGGCUGCUGGGGGGACAAGCUCUUUGGGCGCCUGGUGAGCGAGGAGCUACGAGGGGCUGGACAUGGGUAUGGCCUUCGGAAGGCCUCCCAGGCCAAGGUCAUCUACGGGCUGGAGCCCAUCUUCGAGUCAGGGCGCACGUGCAUCAUCAAGGUGUCCAGCCUGCUUGUGUUUGGACCCAGCAGCGAGACCUCUCUCCUGGGCAGAAACUACGACGUCACCAUUCAGGGAUGCAAGAUCCAGAACAUGAGUCGGGAGUACUGCAAGAUCUUUGCAGCCGAAGCCCAGGCAGCCCCUGGCUUUGGGGAGGUACCCGAGAUCCUCCCACUCUACCUCAUCUACCGGCCUGCCAACAAUAUCCCCUAUGCGACCCUGGAGGAGGACCUGGGCCAGCCCCUGCAGCCUUACUGUUCUCGGGAGGGGGCCUGCGUGGCCGCCCCAGAAGCAUCCUGCAGCUCCGAGGUCCAGCACAAAUGCCAGACCUUCCAGCACUGGCUGUACCUGUGGACAAAUGGCAGCUUCCUUGUCACCGAUUUGGCAGGGGUGGACUGGAAGAUGACCGAUGUGCAGAUUGCUACCAAACUGCGAGGAUACCAAGGCCUCAAGGAGAGCUGUUUCCCUGCCCUGCUGGACCAGUUUGCCUCCUCCCACCAGUGCAACCCCUUCUGUGAGAUGCUGGGGCUCAAACCCCUCAAGGGCCCUGAGGCUGCCCACCCUCAAGGCAAGGCCAAAGGCUCCAAGAGUCCAUCCACUGGCAGGAAGGGCGGCCAGCUGAGUCCUCAGCCCCAGAAGAAAGGCCUCCCCAGUCCCCUGGGCACCCGGAAGAGUACUCCAAGCUCCAAGGCCACCCCUCCGGCCUCAGAGGCACUCGCCACCCAGUUGCUGGGACAGCCUCCUACCCAAGAGGGCGGCUCCAAGGCCCAGGGCCUGCGGUAGCCCCCACAGGAGGCUGGGGGCCUCCACCCAGCAGCAGACCAACAAGGAAGCAGCUCGAGGCGAUGGAGACUCCAGAACUACGGAACUAACCAGAGAAGGUGCGCUGAGGAGGCGCCACGAGGGGGGCCUCUCUGAGCAGCCUCUCCUCAAUCCACUCCUCAUCAGAUGGCUUUUGUGCAUGGUGACACCCAGGGGCUUCUCCUGGUGCCACCGUCAGCCGGGGCUCCCAGGCCCCAUCCCCACGUGCCUGGUGGCCUAGGCCCUCCUUGAAGUUUACACUGGCCACUGCUGGAGGCUCCCUGAGUCCUCUGCAUGAGCUCUGCCCCCAGCCCCCCGCCCCGCCAGACCCUGCCGUGAAUAUCGUACUCUGGGGGGCACACCGGCCAGUGGUUACCCUUUACUUUGCUUGGCCCUGACCUCUCCCCGUCCUUGGGGCUCCGGGCGUCCUGCACUGUGUCUGGCCUGGUGACUCUCAGGGAGCCUUCUCCUUCCAGCUACUUGGCCUCGUGCCUCCCAGCGUGUCCUGCAACUAACCUGUCACUGAGCCCAGAUGGGGCUCAGGACACUUCCAGAGCCUGUCUCGUUCUUGUGCGGUGGUCUUUGGUGAUGUGUGUUCAUGCCCUUCCUUCCCCCAGCACUCAGGCACUCACUCACCUGCUUCCCGCGCUCCUUUGCCUCCGCAUCUCCCAUCCCCAGCUUCCAGCUGCCUGGCAGCCUGCUGCCUUUCCUUCGCUGCCUCUCUGCUUGUCCCCUUGCCCAGGCGCUUCCCCAGCCCGAUUCCGCACCCUGCCCACCAGUCCGCGCCUCCCCUGCCUCUCCCAGGCCCUCUGCCCCUGCGGGAGAGGCGGCAUGAGCAUUGUGUCAGCAGCCCCGGCCAGCGGGCAGGCGUUGACUCGGAGGGACCUGGUGCUCCGCCCUGGAAAGAUGUGCGGUCACAGUGAAGUUCACAUCCCCUCUAGACCAGGGAUGGAGGGCUAGGGCUGGUCUCCGAAGGGGAGUGCACUGGGGAGUUGGAGGAAGGAUGCAGUCCACCCACAGGCUGGGCUGAGGGGUCCCUGUGCCUGGGAAGUAGGACGCCUGCCCCAGCCAUUAGCUCUUGAUCCCAGGGCUCCAGCUCUGGGGCUUCACAUAUGGGCUCCCAAGGAAUUGCUGUGCUCCGCGCAGCACCCCGGGGCCUUCCUGAGAGCCCCUCCUGGUGGCCUGGGAAGGGAUGGGCCUGGUGCUAGCCAGCUCCCCUUGGAAUGCAAUAAAGGCAGCCACUGUGUACCCUGCUCACCCUCAUCUGGUAUGGUUGUAGGUGUAUGGGGUCAGGGCCCCCUCUCCCCAGGCAGGUUCUCCAAGGGCGCCUUACAGCCCCCGGACCCACUGCAAUAAUGAAUCCAGGCUUUGGCUCCUGGAUGGACAUUCAGUCUCAGCCUUUGUGACCACAGCGACACAGUCUGUGCUGCUUGCCCAGCUGGGCUGAUGGGGAUCUGGGGACUUAGGUCUUUGGAAUUGUUCCUUCAUUUGGGAGAGGAACACAAAGGAAGGAACCCAGGAAGGAAGAGCAGAGCUGGAGGCUCUGGGGAAAUGUCCAGCGUCUCUGGCUGUCUCCAGUGCCCCAAGGCCGGCCCCGGGGACAACCAGCCUCUGCCUGCCAGCUGCUCACUGGCCCUUUCCUGCUUCCCACGCUGCAGAGGCUUCUUACUCCCCAACAACCCCGUGCCACAACUUCCCUUGCCUGACAUGUAUGCCCCUCUGUUUUGACAUUUCUGACUUCUCUACCUCUUGUGCUCAGGGGACUCUCCCCACUUUUUCCUCUUGCCCUCAUGUGCCCCAGUCUGCAGAUCCAGAUUGCCUUGGUGAACUGGGAGUUGGAAUGUUAUCCAUUCAUUCAUCUGUCCAUUCAGCAGACAUAUGCUGAGCACCUCCUUCAUGCCAGACCCCGAGUUGACAGCUGUGGGAGGCACAGAUAUAUGAGGUGGCCUCAAAAGAGACUUUCCAUUAGGUUUCUUGGGCUUUGAGCAACAGAAAUGGACUCAGACCCACUUUAGCAAGGCAAAAGGGUUCGUGGGAAGGGUGUUGGGGCAGCUCCCAGAGCCAAAGGAAGAGCUGAACGAUUGGGCUUGAGAUGGUGGGAGCCAGUGGUGCUCUAGAGCUUGCAUUCCGGGAGCUGCUGCUAUGGGCUGAUCCACCCAACCAGCCAUUGGGACUCCCUUCACUCGAGAUUCAAAUUCCUGUCCUAGAGCUCAGGGCACUCUGGAGUGGGACAGAGGCAGUUUUCCAAGGGACCGGGAUUCUUUCCAGAAGAAUGGUGGAGAGGGGGAGGGUAGAAAAGGACUUGGUGGCAACAGCAGAGACACUCCCCCACCCCCACCCACCCACACACACACUGUUCUUCCCACCCGAUGUAUUACGACUCUCCCACAUACAACCAAGAGUAAAUUCCACUCUGCUUGGGGAGACCAUUCAAAGUCACGUCCAAUGACUAAGUCCAGGGGCUACCAUUCUCCAAAGUCCAGUGUCACGAGUGACACUCUUCCCCCUUCCAUCACAAUCCCAUUUUGAAAUUCUGCAACCUGGGGAGUAAAAUUAACCAUCUUCAACCAACAUUCUUGACCCCAGCAAGAAAGGAAGCACCGGUAAAGGCUGGAGUCCAUUUCCAGAACAGGUCAUGAGACCUAGUAUUUCUGACUAGGGAUUCUCUGCCUGUUGGAGUGACCCCAAGUUUCCGUCCUGAAGUCCGGCUCCUCAGUGGCCCUGCCCUGCCCCCUUCCAAGCAGCAGCAAUCAGAUUUUCCCUCGAUAGGGUUAACCAUCCUACUACUCCAUGACCUCUUGUUGUGUGUCACUCAGAGCUAUAAGGAGCCCGAAACAGCCGGGUGUGCCUCAGCUUCCAAUUCACGUAUUACUAUGACAUUUUGAGGAUGUGUCUCCUUGGAGACUAAAACCUCUACACCAGCCUGGUCCCAACCCUCAGGUGUGUGGAAGGCACUGAGAUGGAGGGAUAGCUCGCCCCUCUCCGCCUGCUUCCCAGCCUGUGAGGGCGAACGAACACCAGGAGAUGCGUGUCAAUUCCGAGCUUGUGCUAUAUCCUGCGGGUCGGACCCAACCUCUCAAGGUGGUGUUUCUCAGCUGGUGCCCUUACUGAGUUUUCAGCAAACCAUCUCACCAUAUUAUCAAGCUGACUGCUCCUGGACUGCUGGGAUCCUGACCAGAUGAGUGAAUGCCAUAGGCAUCAACCCAUUACUUUACUUCUGCUGUAGAAUGCAUUCUUUGGUUGGAUGCCCUAUGUGGGGAUGCCACAGUGAUGUUUACAGCAUUUGAUAAGUCCACGGAUAUUGAUGGUGGGAGGCAUGAUGGAUAAGGAAAGCAAAUCCAAAUCCAGAUGAAGGGCCCAUAGUGGUCGAGACAGAUUCCUGCCCUCUUGAAGUGAUAGGUGUAGACUCAGGGGAGGCUCAGCUGCAGGUCAGGAGGAGGGAGCAUGGAAGAAUGAGUGAGGAAUUCACACCCAUGGCCUACCUGUGCCUUCAGAGACCUAUCCUGGAGCCUCCCCUUGAAGAUGGAGUGCUUUUGGCCAUGGCUCACUAUGGCUGGGUGGAUCAGAUAAGCCCGGUUCAUGAGGGGCAGCAUGGCCCCCUGCUAUGCUGGUAGCCAAGCAUUUAGGCUCCUCCAGAGCCCAGUGGCAAGCCAGAGCGCCAUUUCUCAAAAGGAUGGUAGUUGUUGGCCAGAGAAUCACUUGGUUCUGAACCCUGAGUUUCCCCGCCAUACUUUUCUUAUUAGGACUUGCCACAAACUUCAUUAGCAACAGGCCCCACAUGGUUCCCCAAUAUGCCACAGACAGACAGACACCUCAAGCACCAUUGGAUCUGUCAGGUCAUGGGGCCUGGUAGGAGAACCAUUCUCCCAGCCGGAGAACCUUCACUUGCUCUCGGCCCAACCCAAAGCUGGUGGCCUUCUAGGUCAUUCAGUACAUGGGUUGGAACAAGAUGCCCUAAAAUGACAUUUUUGCCUGGAAUUGGGUCUUAGUGGUAAGGGAUUAAAAAUGCGGUAAUUUGUUCUACAUUAUGGAGGAAAUAUUCUGACCUGAUCAGACCCCUCAACCCCCAGGAAUUUACCAAGACCCCCCCUUUUUUUUUUGCAUUUUCACAUGAUUUAUCUCCCACCUCUGACCCACAUAUGUCUUAUCAAGGCAUCUAGGGAAACUGCUGACUCCAGGCUCUAUCAGCAUGAUGCCGUCAGUGUGAGGGAACACUGUGGUGGCGAGGGCAGUGUCCCUGUGGGCCAGGUGGUGGCACAGAGCCGGUCAGCUAUGAUAUUCAUCUGAAGAUGAACUCUUUCUGAAGUUCUUUGUUCAUCAAAAUAGAAGGAAAAAAAUGAAUUCACUAGAGCAAAGGAUUCAUACCAAAUGUGAGGAGCUGGAUGAAUUUGCUUGAGCAAGAAGACCAUCUCUGGAAUAGCACCUGCAGUUGGAGACAUCACUUUUUAAAGCUUACAGCGAUCCAAAGACUUCUUGGUGUUUUGCACUGGUCAAGCUGAGCUGUGGUAGGAAUCACUAUGACUUCACUCUCAGGUCUUUGAUAGUUACACUGAUUUCUACAUUUCCCCCAGGAAUACGGUUCUACUUUUGAUUUACCAUUUUGGUAGGGAGGGGGGUUCCAAUGGCUUGUGCUUGUCCUAUCUUGCUAGGGUCAUUCUUACCCCACACAUCAGAGUGCCAUUGUGGGAGGGAUGUCUCCUUCAAAAUAUAUCCAUUUCAGCUAUUCACUCAAAAUAAUCCUGGGUUGGCUUUGAGAUUCCACUGUCUACUGUGGUGCAAAUUUGGUCUAUUAAUUAUCCCCAUUGGUUGGCAGACCACAUGCUUUUCUUUUGCCCCCAGAAAUUGGACUUAGCUUGGAGCCAGUAUCCUACAGAACUCCUCUCCCCAAGUUUGGGUAUUUUUCUUUUCCUUCUAUAGUUCCCAGAUAAAUGGACACAGAUCCCUUUAGGGAAGGCCAAGGAAGGUUCACGAUAUGCAUUAAGUGUUAAAGUAAGGUUUCCCUUCAGAGAUAUUUGGCUUACUCUCCAUUGAAGGUCUGGAAAUUAGUGGGAGAUUUUGACUCCACCCUGGCAGCUUGAGACAGACCUGUUUGCCCAACCAGAAGUCUUUAGUUAUGGUUAUAACUAGGUAAUAUCUUAGGGACUGUCUGGUCUUCAUUCCUGGGACCCAGUGGUUGAUUAGCCACCGCUCGAGGUCUGGUUUCCAUGCCCAUGACCGUUGUGAUGACUCCUCUACUUUGUUCCUUGUAUCUAUCUCUGCUGCUGAGAUCAGGCUGCUCAUUUUCACAGCAGCUCUCCCAACCAGCAUUCCAGGCCUAGAGAGGAAAGCCAGCAGAACCUCACCCCUGUAUUUCUCGUGGCAAGGAGCAAGACCACCUCCUGGGUCCUGUCGGAGGACAGGGAGAGGAUGGAUGGGCUGGAUGCAUGCAAGGGACCCAAUAAAGCAUUCUAUUCUCCUGAGA